CAAGCCGUGUUCGACGAAGGAUAAUUUUCUCCUUUCCAUACCCUCCUUUGGGUAGACCCCCCCUUUGGUAUAAACUCAAAAUCUAGGAUCAAUGACGGUCCCCUGAUGCUACAAGUGAUUUCGUUAGCACGACUGACUAGAUAACCCGAUCCAAAGAUCACUAAUUGCCCCAGUUUUCAUAAAAUUCAUGCUCUUGGAGUGCUGUGGAUUUCUCACUUAUAUUGUUGUCACCUCUAUCUUUGGCUCUUCAGCCCGACAGCAAGUAACUCUCUACAUUGAUCCCAAUCAUUCGUUUCGGUGUUUUUAAACUCUUUGACUCCAAAAUUCUACGUUGCCCUGACGGGAACUUCAUCCCUUAUAUCUGGACUCAUAUUUAUAUUUGAAUGGUGGUACUUCCGAAAAUACGGCACAUCAUUCAUCGAACAAGUGUCCGUGAGCCAUUUGCGGCCACUAAUGGGAGGGACAGAGAAUGGAAACCCAUCCCCGGGUACUCCCCUGAGCAGCGGAGAGGCCGAAACCACAAGGCAGAGUUUGUCUGAAUGCAAAGUAUGGAGAAACCCUCUAAAUCUUUUCAGAGGAGCUGAAUAUAGGAGAUACACGUGGGUGACUGGUAAGGAGCCCCUUACGUACUAUGACAUGAACUUAUCAGCGCAGGACCAUCAGACUUUUUUCACAUGUGAUACUGACUCUCUCCGCCCUUCAGACACAGUUAUGCAGAAGGCAUGGCGAGAGAGAAAUCCUCCAGCCCGAAUCAAAGCAGCCUAUCAAGCACUAGAAUUAAACAAUGAUUGUGCCACUGCAUAUGUUCUACUGGCUGAGGAGGAGGCAACAACUAUUGUAGAUGCUGAGAAGUUAUUUAAACAGGCACUCAAAGCAGGAGAAAUAAUUUACAGAAGGUCACAACAGUACCAGCACCAGAGUCCUCAACAUGAAGCCCAGCUUAGGAGAGACACCAAUGUAUUAGUUUACAUUAAAAGGAGGCUGGCAAUGUGUGCAAGAAAAUUAGGAAGAAUAAAAGAAGCCGUCAAAAUAAUGAGAGAUUUGAUGAAAGAAUUUCCUCCUCUUAGUAUGUUGAAUAUCCAUGAAAAUCUUCUAGAAUCGCUCCUGGAAUUACAAGCCUAUGCUGAUGUGCAAGCAGUUUUAGCAAAAUACGAUGAUAUCAGCCUCCCAAAGUCAGCAGCAAUUUGUUAUACAGCCGCGCUUUUAAAGACCAGGACUGUUUCAGAUAGGUUUUCUCCAGAAACAGCCUCUAGAAGAGGGUUGAGUACAGCAGAAAUUAACGCCGUGGAAGCAAUUCACAGAGCAGUAGAAUUCAACCCUCAUGUUCCAAAAUACUUACUAGAAAUGAAGAGUUUAAUUUUACCUCCGGAGCACAUCCUUAAGAGAGGGGACAGUGAGGCAGUCGCAUAUGCUUUCUUUCAUCUCCAGCACUGGAAACGAAUAGAAGGUGCCCUUAAUCUGUUGCAGUGUACGUGGGAAGGCACUUUUAGAAUGAUCCCAUACCCAUUAGAGAAGGGUCAUCUAUUCUACCCCUAUCCCAGCUGCACAGAGACAGCUGACAGGGAGCUCUUACCAACAUUCCAUCAUGUUUCUGUGUAUCCAAAGAAGGAGCUUCCUUUUUUCAUCCACUUCACAGCAGGACUGUGCUCCUUUACAGCGAUGCUUGCCCUCCUAACACACCAGUUUCCUGAACUCAUGGGCAUUUUGGCAAAAGCUGUAAGUAUGGUUUCAAGGACUUGCUUGGAGUAUUUGUGAGGCGUGCAGGAAACUGUCUCUGACCUGUCUAUGCAAACAGAUUGAGAUGUGCAUUUAGAGUAAAUGAUGUGUAAUGUAUUGUAAAGCUGCUGCCACAGAGCUGUCAAACUUAAGUCUUAGGUGGUUUGAACUCUAGUUCUGUCACUUAAAAAAAAAAAAGUUAAAGUAUGCAAUGGUGUAACAUUAUAAAGUUGUUCCCUGAAGAUCACUCUUGGUAGUAACACAGGGCUCAUUACUAAGAGCACUCCAACUUUUCUUGGCUUGCUUACCAUUAUUGUAUGUUUUGUUUGGCAUUUUUUUAAAGUUCCAUAUUUUAUGAACAAGGCUUCUGGUUUUCUGUUUAAACCGAAUUAUUGGUUAUAUAAUCCUGCUGAUUGUAAGCUGACUGGUUGGUUUGGAAAAGAUGCCCCCUAGACCAGCAUCCUAUCGAUCACUGGGCCUUCUGAUUAAUGCACUUUUAUUGCUACAUUUUUCCAUUUUCACAUAGGAGAGGCUGUAAGGGAGGUAGGCAACUAGCGGUGAUGUAAUGGGGUGGGGACACACCUAGAAAAAGCUGACACAUAACUCUAAAUAGCCCAAGUGAACUCUAACCUUAUUGAUUCCAUCGAGAGAGAUAAUAGAAACUAGAGUCUGUUAUUAAAACUGGGUUUUGGUUUGUUUUUUUUUGGUUUUGGUUUGCGGGUUUUUUUGGCUUCUUUCUGUCUAACUGAUUUUCCCUCCUUCUCAUGCCUUUGGACCCAUUUAUUUGACACCUUAUCCAGGACUUUAAAGAUGAGCUAGCUCUCCUCAGGUUGGCACUGGUGGUAAUAGCACUCACUGGUCUCCCCUUCUCCCUAGCGGUCACCUGCAGAAUGUGUUAAGUUGCCACUGGCUCCAAGCCGAAGAACCUGAGUUUGCAAUUGAUCCCGAGGCAGGCUGUGCGAAGAGUUUUAUGCUCUUCUUGGGGGAUAAUAGCUAUUUGGGUUGGAAAUGAGAUUUCUGAGCUUAGUGUAACCAGGGAAUACACGGCUCACGCUGUAACCCUCCUCCCUGAGACAAGGCCAAGUAGCUGGAGGUGCGGGGGAGGGGUGCCCUGCAACAUUCUGAAAUAACCCCUGCUGCCCAGUGUGAAUAAGGGAUCCGAUGGGAAUUCUAGUUACGCCAGAGCAGGAAGGAAAAUUGCAGCUGAGACAAGGAGUGGGAACAACAGAGAGUGAGGGUUCAUAGGGUUUUGAGGAUGGAGGGGGACUACAGAAGAGCCUGUAAAAAGGCAUAAACCUAGACAACUCCUCAGAACCUUUCUGGGGAGGGGGUAACUGUUACCCCAAUUCUUGUCCCUAUCUAUGCCAGUAAUAACCUUAUAUGAAAUGAAACCUUUUGUAGGUUCUGAAAGCACUCAAACCAAGUGGCACUUUUAAUUCAUGUUAUUGGAAAAUACAGAGACCUUUUUAAACCACUGACUUCUGAUUUCUUAAUAUUUGAACAGCAAUUGAUUAGCCUUUCACAGAUUUUUUUUUUUUGCAUGUAGGCUUUUUUUAGAAAUUAUAUCCUGCCUAGCUGGGCUCUUACGUCCUAUAUUUUAUUACAAAGAGCUGUCAACAGUUUAACAUUUCCAAUAGCUGGAAAUACCUGUACACUGACCCUUGUUUGCCUCAGUUCAGAGGGAGCUAUCUACAAGCUGUUGGCAAAACGCUGAGAUAGUUGGAUUUCCAGUAAAUUCAGAUAUUUGCCUGAAGUUGUCACAACAGAAACUAGAUAGAAAUCUCGGAAAUGAACUCACAUAAAGGCAGCCCUCUGGUGAAAAGCAUUUUAAGAAGUCACGCUUGGCGAAUUGUUGAUGUUUAUAUGUUGGUACCAUACAUGCACGUUCAGACUGAACCUUUUUCAAGUUAUUUGUUACUACAUAAUUGUUUUCCCCCUCUAGGAAAUAGAGUUUUGGAGAUUACUGAUCUUUUGGUUAUCCUUAGAAAAUUGGAAUUUGUGAAAUUUAGGAACAAGAAUGUGAACUUAAAGGAGGAUGAAAACCUUCAAAUUAGUAAUUACUUAAUGGUAUUUAAGUGCUUACUGUGUACCAGGCACUGUAUUAAGCACUGGAUUCUUAUAAUGCUUUGUGAAUUGUGAUAGGCUUUUCACAAAGUUGCAAGUUCCCCCGCUGCAAAGUCGCAAACUCAGGACUUAGAAGAAAACAGAAAUGGUAGUAUAAACCCCAUAAUGAUGAUAUGCUGAUGUUACAGCUAGCAGAGUUUCUGGAAAAGCGGGUUAAACCCAUGGGUGAUUUACUCAUCCCCGCCAAGCCUCUUGUAUCUAAACUUAGUUUUCAAACCCGAAGAAGCUGGUAGACCAGUUGGACUUUAGUGGGAUUCCAGGUAUCUGAAAGGGAUUUUCUCGCUUUUGAAGACUCUCUGCAUGCUGCUCAAAAAAAUAACCCUCCUCAUUUAUCAGAGGCACGAAUUUGCACUUGCAGGCUAGCUCAUUGGAAAUCUCCCUCUCCCUGCCACCUAUUUCCCAUGUAAGCCAUUGAAAUUGUUUUAUUCAUCCCCCACCCACCCUGUUUAAAAAGUCUAUUCCCAUCCCUGUCCUCUCUCUUCCCCGAUCUUCCUCUCAACACCUCUUGCUGGGCUGAAUCCCACCUUGGAACCUUAAACCCACCCAGCCCUUAUUAUUAUUAUUAUUAUUAUAAUCACCAUCAUCAUAAUCAUCAUCAGAAAAGUGUCAUGCUCUCCUCAUCCCUGUACCUAUCCCUAUCUCUGCCUUGCUGGUUUAAUUCUGUUCUUGGCUCCAGCUUCCCCCGAGCUGUGGAACAACAGGAAGGAGACCAAGUUGAGGAGUGGAAAGGGCUGAGAAACAGAUGAAAAGAAAAGGGGUAACUAUUGCCCGCACCCCAUUCUUGAAGUCCUGAGGUUUAAAGAGCUUGGGCGAAAAAGAACUGGAAUUAGAUCGGCAGGAACAGAAACAGGGGAGAAGUUUACAAUAAAGACACAUACGAUUGGGGUACCAGGGCAGGAGUCCAGUGAAAUGGAGAGGCGGUAAGGGAGAUGUCAAAAGCUCCAGAAAUAGGAACCCAAGUUUAAAGGAUGUGUGGGAUAAUAUCAUAUGGAGAGUAGGUAGAGGGCUAAGUAUGUAGGGGGGAGGGAAGUAUUCAAAUGACUUAUCGUGGCAGUAAGUGGCGGCCCAGGAAGAUUUCCAGUUUGCUGGCCAGUGACAGCUAAUGAAUACGUCCCAUUGACAUGAUGCCCUUUUCUCCUUUUUCUAUCGCCCUUUCCCUUUAGCUCAUGCAAGUUGUCAUAAUUUGAAGCAUGUUUCCUUUAAAAGGAUUUGAGGGGACUCUCUUUUUUUAAAAAAAAAAAACAAAACUUUCUGCACAAAGCAAAUCUUAUAGGUUGAAAAUAGUUCAUGUAAUUCUCUUAGGUCUAAAUAGAACUUAGAGUUCUUGUCUUCAUAGCCACUUUCAAAGGGGGAUUUACUGCUGGUACUUUGUUAUUAUAAUCCAGCACACUCUGGCUGAAAAACAGCAAGGCGGAGUCAUGCAGACUGGGUGCUUUGGUUGAGGAGCUGAACCCUCAUUGACCAGGGAUAUCACCCAGUUGGAGGCUUCUGCCUCCUCCCAUCUUCAGCAUGUCUGUCCCUGGAGACUGACCUGAGGUGCUGGAGAGCAGAAGUGAGCAGAAAAGACAGAAAUGUUCUCUACCAGUCAGACAAAUGUUCUGAGAUCCCUGUUUCUGGAGGUGUUUGGAGGCACAUGGCCCCAAAGCGGUCACCUUGUCUGCUCUGCACAAUCCUGUUUACAGUCGAUUAGCACAGAGUGUUGGGGUAGCUUCCUGCAGACUUGAGUCAAAAAUUAAUUUUUUGACCAAAGCUUUUUUUCCCCAAAAUAUACCAGAAGGAGCAAGCCCCGUAUCUCCACAGCCCCAGCACUCUGAGGAGAAGACACUGCCGUAUCCCAUGCUGCUUUCCUCUCCUACCUGGUGGCGUGAGAGAACCCGGCUCCUUGCCUGUUCACCUGGUAUAUAAUAUUCCCAGAGCCAUUUCUGAAUUGACCAACUCCUCUGUAAUGUCUUUGCAACCCAGGAAGUGUGGGCACAUCUUCAUGUCAAGUAAGACCCUGGGAGCUAGAAGAACCCCCUGGCCCCACCAAAAUGCUGCAACUUGUUUGGCCCCAAAUAAACUCUCCUAAUGUUUGUUUGACCGGGAUUAAAGCUGUGUUGAUCUGGGAAUGAGCCGGGUUUCUACAUAGUUCUGUUAAUCUUUAUAUGGGAAAAUGUAGUUGAACAUGCCAGUGAUGAAUUUCCAAGCAACUCAUAAUUGGCUGGCUGCAGCGUAACCAGGGCCUAACUAUUUGCUUGAUUAAUUCUUUAAAGACAGCAUUAGCAAAGUUGUAUGAUUUCCAAAGAGAUAGGCCAAAGGCUCUAUAACAAAGGAACUCUCUGUAAAAUUUCUCUUUUGGGCUCCUUCAACCCCCACCCACCUCUGACCCCCAAAAUAAUACUUUUUCCCCAAAAUCACAUGGGCUAUUGAAUAAUGAGCAGAUCUAAAUGCCAAGGAUAGCCUGCCUGAAUAUGUAGGAAACAUUUUAAAAGGUCUGUCUAUUACCUCCUUAUUUUCCCUGGCAGAGAUAAGCUUUUCAGUCAAUCAGUCAUAUUUAUUGAGCACUUAACUGUGUGUGUGCAGAACACUCUACUAAGUGCCUGGGAGAGUAUAGUAUCACAGAGCUGGGCCUUUUGUCCCAGAGUAGUUGACAAAACAAGCAAGUUUUGUGGAAGCUGCAACUCUACCUCUCCAACAGAAUCCUGAAGAUCAUCAGCAAAAGAAGCAGCAGAUGUCACCAUUAUGUGAGAGUGCUUACUAGUCUGUUUUUGAAUGCAGUAUUUGGCCCUUCUCUGACUACUUACUGAUCAGAGAAGCGUCACUUUGUUUUCCUUCGUCUAACUCCAAAACUGACUGGCUGUGACUGUCUCCUUGGCAAAUAUCAAGCACCACAUUCUUUCUUUAAACUAGUAAUCAGAGCGGCAGCACUUAACUUUGUCUGGUAUUUGUCUGUGUUUAGGAAAUUAGGCACAUCCUCUGUAUCUCUAAAGGACUCUUGCAGUUUGAACAAUGUACAUCAUUACAAAAAUAACCUGAUUCAACCGCCGCACCCAAGAGACCUUGUUCUGUAACUAUGGUGUUUGUUCUGUGCUGCAUCAGAGAUGUGUUUGUGGAAAUAUCCAAAGAAUAAAAUAAGCCUUUGAGGGGGCAGACCAACA